AUGAGCGACGUGGUGGAGCGGACGCUGAGCAUGCUGCCCGGGCUGCUGGGGCAGCACGACCCGGGCGCCGGGCCGGGCGGCGCCGGCGGCCUUGGCAGGGUUUCGGCUACCUCGCGGCUCGGGAGCCUCAUCCGGAGCAUCACGGCGCUCACCUCCAAGCAUGAAGAAGAAAAAUUAAUCCAGCAGGAGCUAACCAGUUUGAAAGCAACAGUUUCAGCCCCCACCACAACACUUAGACUGAUGAAAGAAUGUAUGGUGAGACUCAUAUAUUGUGAAAUGCUGGGGUACGAGUCUUCCUUUGGAUAUAUCCAUGCCAUCAAGCUUGCACAGCAAGGAAAUCUUUUGGAGAAAAGAGUCGGUUACUUGGCAGUUUCUUUAUUUCUACAUGAAAAUCAUGAACUGCUACUUCUACUUGUGAACACAGUUGUGAAGGACUUACAGAGCACUAAUCUAGUAGAGGUGUGCAUGGCAUUAACCAUUGUCAGCCAGAUCUUUCCACGGGAAAUGAUUCCAGCUGUUCUUCCCCUAAUAGAAGACAAGCUCCAGCAUUCUAAGGAAAUUAUCCGAAGAAAAGCUGUUCAAGCUUUAUAUAAAUUCUAUCUCAUUGCCCCUAACCAAGUUCAGCAUAUUCAUGAUAAGUUCCGGAAAGCCUUAUGUGACAGGGACGCUGGAGUCAUGGCUGCUUCUUUGCAUAUUUAUCUUCAAAUGAUUAAGGAAAACUCAUCUGGAUACAAGGACUUGACUGGGAGUUUUGUAACCAUCCUAAAGCAGGUAGUGGGAGGAAAGCUCCCUAUUGACUUCAACUAUCACAGCGUGCCAGCACCAUGGUUACAAAUUCAGCUUUUAAGAAUAUUGGGACUGUUAGGAAAAGAUGAUCCAAGGACAAGCGAAUUGAUGUAUGAUGUUCUAGACGAAUCUUUAAGAAGAGCAGAGAUCAAUCAUAAUAUUACAUAUGCCAUCUUGUUUGAAUGUGUCCAAACAAUUUAUACAAUUUAUCCCAAAUCUGAACUACUUGAAAAGGCUGCCAAGUGCAUUGGAAAAUUUGUUUUGUCACCCAAAAUUAAUUUGAAAUACUUAGGUUUAAAGGCUCUGACCUAUGUUAUCCAGCAGGAUCCUAAUCUGGCACUUCAGCACCAGAUGACAAUAAUUGAAUGUCUGGACCAUCCAGAUCCCAUUAUUAAAAGGGAGACUUUAGAGCUUCUCUAUAGAAUUACAAAUGGACAGAAUGUAAUUGUCAUAGUUCAGAAGAUGCUUGACUACUUAAAAGAAAGCAGAGAAGAAUAUGCUAUCAUCAACUUAGUUGGCAAAAUAGCAGAACUAGCUGAGAAAUAUGCCCCUGACAAUGAGUGGUUCAUCCAAACAAUGAAUGCUGUGUUUUCAGUUGGAGGUGACGUUGUGCAUCCUGAUAUCCCAAACAACUUUCUGAGGCUGUUGGCUGAAGGAUUUGAUGAUGGAAAAGAUGAUGAUCAGCUACGGAUGUAUGCAGUACAGUCUUAUUUAGCAUUACUUGAAGAGGAAGGUGCAUUGUAUCCACAGAAAUUCCUUCAAGUUAUGAGUUGGGUGUUGGGGGAAUAUUCCAGCCUUGUUACAGAUGUUGAUCCAGAAGUUAUUUUGACAAAGCUACACAGCCUGCUGAAGAAGACUUUUGUUACUUCUGAAACUAAAGUGUGGAUAAUGGCUGCAGUCACCAAGAUAGCAUCACAUACCUCCUGUUUGAAAACAGUUGACAAACUAAUCCAAGAAUUCAGCAACUCUCUAGAUACCUGCAUGAGACAGUAUGCCUUUGAAUUGAAGCAUCUGUGUGAAGACAAAGCACUGAUGAAAAACUUGCUUCCGUUUGAUGCUAGUUGCGAUGACAUGGUGGUCGAUGCCUCCUUAUCUUUUCUGGAUGGGUUUGUGGCUGAGGGCCUUGGUCGUGGUGCAGCACCGUAUAAGCCUCAUCACCAGAGACAAGAGGAGAAACUUUCUCAGGAAAAAGCUCUGAAUUUUGAACCUUAUGGGCUGUCAUUUGCUUCAAGUGUGUCCUCCUCUGGCGUCACCGGCAGACAGUCCCCCACUGGUUUAUCUUUUGGUUCUGAUACGUCUGGUAAUAGUGCUGAGACAGGGCAUAAAGAGACAAAUACUCUGAAACUUGAGGGAGUACGCAAGCUGUGGGGAAAAGAAGGCUAUCUUCCAAAGAAAGAAAACAAAGUUGGGAAAGAAAAUGAGCCACAAACUGUUUCAUGUGGCAGCAUAAUAGCAGGACAAGUGGGUGAUCCUCCUGCAUUGCAGUCUGAUCAAGUUGCCAUCCUCUCUGAGGAAGACAAAGAGAAGCAGCAGUUAGCGUCAACUUUAUUUAUUGGGCUAGGAUCAGACGCUGGUGUCAGUCUGAUGGGGAAAGCAGACACAGCUACUCAGAAGUUCAAAAGGAAAUCAAAGAUAAAUGAAACUCAGAAUAGUGAGGAGGCAUCAGACUUCCAAAAUAAUGCUGCUUCAGAUUUUGGUCCCUUACUUGAUACAGUACCUAUUAACAUGGAAGACUAUGAGGGAAAUAUACACACAAGGUUAAGGAAAGCCUCCCUGUGUUCUUCAGAUAUUGUAGAAGAUAAUUUAACAUUUGAAACACCUCAGUCCCUAAAAAAAUCUGGGCUGGAUGACAGACUUUCAGAUAGUAGGCUGUCACAGUUGUCUUUGUUUGCUGAUAGUAAUAUUGAAAUUUUUCAGCCUUCUCCAAGUGCUCAAUGUGAAAGUGCCAGUAAAACACUGUUGGUCCCUUCCUUACCGAAAGAGCUAGAAGAGCUUGCUCACUCUGAAGUAGUGGAACUUUGUCAGAGUGAUGCCUUAGCUCUGUAUUUAUGUAAAGUUUGGACAGAUGACUCUCUGUUGCUCACUGUUUUUGUUUCAAAUAAAACCACUUCUGCACUUAGUGCUGUGAACUUAGUGUUUGAAGAAACAGAACAUUUUCAGAUUUUGGAGAGUCCCACCUACCAGUUUCCUGUAAUUGAAGCUCAAAGUGUGGAACAUUGCCAGAAAUUUGUGUGGAUGAACAAAAUCUGUACACAAGGAAUUCUUUCUGGCUCCAUUAAUUACCAGACAGAGAUGGAAACUUGCCUUGACUUUUCAAUAACUUUGUCAUUGUUGGACUUCAUCAGGCCAAUGGAAAUGACUACAGAAGACUUUGGGAAGCUGUGGUUGUCCCUUUCCAAUGAUGUGAAACAGAAUAUAAAAAUGUCAUCUUCUCAAGAUUCCCUUUCAGCAGCUCUGAAUACACUGCAACAGAAGCUGAAACUCCAUGUAGUUGACAUCAUAGGUAAUGAGGGAAUACUGGCAUGCCAGCUACUUCCAUCUGUGCCCUGUCUGCUGCACUGUCGUUCUCACUCAGGGAUGGUGGCUUUGUGGUUCAGAUCACCUUGUUCUGCUCUUCCAGAUGGUUUGCUUUAUCAGUGUCAAAAGGUGAUGGAGGAAUCCUAGUAACAAUAGUGCCUGCCUUAAUCUAUUUGGUGUGUGAAAAGCAAAUCAAAGAUUUAUACAGUUGCACAGAUAAUUACCAAAGCUAAAUUAAGCUUCUCAGAAGUAUUAAAAGUUUUCUUCCAGCUGGCAUAUAUCAUGUGGACUUGUUGGGGAAGAGUGAUGACCUAAAUUAUGCCUGCAAAAACAUGCUCAGGACUGUACAGUGACUAACAAGUAAUCCAUUAAAGUAUUGUUACCUGUUUAAGUGAAAUGUAUAUUUCUUAAUUUUGUUGUAAAUGACUGAAAGUAUUUAUUUUUAUUAAGCAGCUUUUAUAGAUGCCAACAAUUAUUCCUCAUAGCAACUACUUAAAUACGAUUUUAAAGAAAACGUAUCUCCAUUAUGAGGUCAGACUUGAACAGUUAUCAGGAUCAUCUAAUUUUAUUUUGAUAAUUUUUCUAAAGCUGUUUUUAAGCACUGCUGGCAACAAGACCUGUAUUGGUGGUUGUAUAAAGUAACUUAUGUAGCAACAAAUGCAUGUUUUGAAAAUAAUUAAGAUACUAGAGAGCAACACACUUCCUAUGAUCUUUGAUAUUUACUAUUGAAGUGGUAACAUCUAAAUUGGCUUUUGAUAGGAGGCAGGCAUGUGAAAUUGUAUGGAAGCACCUCCUGGGCGAUGAUCUAAGGCCCUUCAGGUUAGUUCCGACUGCAGUUCUUCCUGCCUCAUGUUUCAGUCAUGUUCCCUUUCCUUAGGGGUCUGUGACAGUCACUGAAUAUUUGUGCAUGUCUGAAGAUAAGUUUCAUGUGGAUCAAGUCUGAGAUGACUGAGCUGGGGGUAGUUGGCUGUGGACAUGUUGACUAGUUGGUAGUUGGCUAGUGGACAUGUAAAUUGCUCUCCAGUCAAUCCUAUAAAUUUAAUCUGGCCAAUAUCUCUGGUCAUGAAAAUUCAUAUGGAGGAAAUUUUCAUUUAUUUUUACUUCUAAUUAUUUAUAGCCUCAGUAUGACUCUUCAAACCUUUGACUUGCACAGAUGUGGCUGUGUUGUGUGUGCAUGGCUAGGGACUGCAGUUAGGCAUAAGAGAUCUAAAUCAGAGCAGCAUACAUGAUAAAUGUGUCUGUCUAGAUUGUCUCCUUUUCUUCCUGAAGACCUCAACAGUCUUGAAAAUCCAGCAAUCUUAAUUUAUUUAGAUGCUAUAUGCAAACUUUAAUACUGUUUAAUAUUAUGUAUAACUGGUCGGGUUUUUUUAUUUAAAAACGUCAAAGAUGUACACAUGGUUCAGACAUGGUACCAAAUGGAUUCUACAGUGGAAUUCUCUCCUUUGUGUUUGAUAUUAACAAGGAAGUUCUUUGUUAUAUUUCACUGUUAUUGAUUCUCACCUGAUAAGCACUGGUUGUAAAGGAAAAUAAAGUAUUCAGUUACUUUGCUAAUGUUUUGGUAAAUGUUCAUGAAAUCAUCAUAAGAAUGUUAAUGUGCUGCUAGUUUCUUUUUUAAGUCAAGCCACUUGUGUUAUCACAAGUAUAAUCAUAUAAGCAAAGCUCCUUUUUUAUUGCUGUUUCAGUACCCUCUUACUGAGGAAUUUAAAGUGCACUGAACCUGUAAAUAUACUUGAUGUUCUGCAUACUUUAUGUUUACUUGGCACUUCAAGACAUUUUAUAUAAAUGAAAACUGAUUUAUAGUGGAAUAAUUUCCAGCAAACUAUUUCCCUGCUGGUAAAUCAGACUUGUGUUAUGCAGUUGGACUUUUGUAAUCAUAUGAACUAUAAUAGAAGAAUCUGUUUGUGGCCUAUGCAUUUAAACCAUUUCAGCAAUGAGAUGUUAAAUGUCCUAGUGUUUAAAAAAAAAAAAACAGCAAAAGACAAUAAUGCCUUCUAUUGUUCAUGUAAUGUUCUUUAUAACCUUUUCCACCAUAUGAAUAGUGUACAUUAAGCUGUCAAUAUGCAGAUUUGAAGACCUUUACAGUAACAUCACAUAAAGGAGUUUGCAGGGAAUUGUACCUGUAUCAGUCUUUAUUUUUACAUUGCCCAGCAAAUAUUUUUCUUCAUCUAUCACCAUCUUUGCAUUUCUUGUAGUUUAAUAAAACUC